AUAGCAAAUCAUUCGAGUAAAUCAACAAGAAAAUUUAUUCGAGUUUUGUGCAGUAAUUUCCGCUUUUUUGUCAAAGAUUUCUUGGAAAUUUGCAUUGAAAUGGUUGCCAUCAAUUCGACUUCCACUGAGAUUCGUUGCCAGGAGAAAUCUCGCGGCGGUUUAAGUUAUGAAGUGAUUUUAGCUGAGCCAGCACCAAAUGUUGCUGUACCAAAGCGUCCAGUUACACCUGGUAAAAAUGUCUCAGCUGAAGAGAUCGAGCAAAAAUUGAAGGCUGCCGAAGAGAGACGUAUUUCAUUGGAGCAAAAGAAAAUGGCAGAUUUGACCAAUAAGUUGGCUAAGAUUGAAGAAGCUACACGUAAAAAGGAUGAAAUCGCCAAUGAAUUCAUCAAUCAAACUAAGGAACAAUUGGAAUCUAAAAUGGAACAUCAUGUUGAGAAGCGUGAAGCUAUUAUUAGUGACUUGAAGGAAAAAUUGAAGAUUCAUUCACAAGAAAUUGAAAAAACUCGUGAACAAUUGGAGCAGCAAAAGAUUUCUGAAAAGGUGGCAAUCGAGGAGAAAUUGAAAAGCGCUCAGUCAUUGCGUGAUGAUUAUAUCAAAAAGAUGUUGGAACGUCUUAAGGAGCAUAACACAAACAAAAUUGCCGAAAUCAAAAAUCAAAUCGAUCAAUUGGAAUCACAGAAAAUCGAGGAGAAGACCCGCAUUAUAGAAAAUAAAUUAUACACCGCUGAGCAAAAUCGUGAAAAGGAGUUAAAAAAGAAAAUUGAAAAAGUUCAACAACUUGAACGUCGCGCAGAAUUGGUGCGUCAGAAUAAAGCUGCCCAGCAGCCACUAACUGAUGAGAAUGUUGAACCAAUUGCUUCAUCUGGUUAAAUUCCAACCACAAAAAACAAUAAAUGCAGCUAUAAAAGCAACACAAUAUUAAUAUUAGUAAAGAAAAAUUAAGAACAAAAAAAUUAAAUUAAAAUUAAAAUUAAAAUAAUGAAAAAACAACAUAAAAUUUGCAAAAAUUUCAAUACAAAUACAUAACAAACAGCAGCUUUUUUC